AUGGGCAAGCGAAAGUUAAUGUCGCCUUUGUCGUCGAGCGCUCAACCAGUCGUCAAGUACAAACGUACUUGCGAGCAACCUCCGUCCGCCAACGGUGCGAAAACACUUACAGAAGACGAGUACUCAAAAUUAAAACUGUAUUUAAAAGAGAAAAAAAAACUUUUGAGAACUUUCCCACGAAUAUUACUGAAUGCCCGUGGGCAAUUGUCACAGUUAAAUGAUAGUGGUUUCAGUGAAAGUCCAUUAUUACCAUCUGACCUAAAUGAGUUAAUUUUAUAUUCUGUUUAUGGUCCAGGAAAAUAUGUUCCAAAAUGGUCGAACUUAGAAAUGCAGUGCAACUUAAAUCAAACUUGUGUUUUAAUAAUUGAUGGAUGUGAAGUAAAUACUAAAGAAGAUUUUUCUCAUUUUAAAAGUUCUUUGCCAAUGUUUUCAAAGUAUAAAUUUUUACCACCUAUUGAAGUUGAGCUACCCCCAAGUUGGUGUGCUGAUAAUGAAACCGACAACACAACUUCAAUAACUGAUGAUGUAGUCUCAGAAUCUACACCAACACAAAAAAAAAAUGUUGAGAACAAAGAAAUUUGCUCACGAACACGUUUGCUGAUGUCUUUAAACCAAAUGAUGAUUCACAAUUAUCCUUUACCUACCAAUAAACGUCAAUUUACAAUGGAUGGCUUCCGUUUUACAAAAAAUCAUUACUUGCCUGUUACUGAUAACAGUCCCAUGUAUGCAAUUGAUUGUGAAAUGUGUUAUACAUCUAUUGGUAGAAAUGAACUUACUAGAGUUUCCAUUGUUAAUGAACAAUUAGAGGUCAUAUAUGAGUCUUUGGUGAAACCCACCAAUAAAAUUACUAAUUAUUUAACUAUAUAUUCUGGAAUCACAGCUUCAAAACUUAAGAAUGUCAAAACCACUUUAACAGAUGUACAAGAAGAUAUAAUAAAAAUAUUAUCUCCAGAUUCAAUUUUGAUUGGACAAUCAUUAAAUUGUGACUUGGAUGCAUUAAAGUUAUUCCAUCCAUACAUUAUAGACACUAGUGUUAUUUUCAAUUUGAAUGGAAAUAAAGGGUCUAAAAGUAAAUUAAAACUUUUGGCCAAAAAUUUUUUGGAUAUGAAUAUUCAAUGUGGUAAUCUUGGACAUGAUUCUAUUGAAGACAGUCGUGCUACUAUGUUACUCGUACAACUAAAAUUAUGCAAAUCGCUAACUUACGGAGAUGCAUAUUUAGUUGGUCAGAAGAGAUUAGCUGAAUUUGUUAAUAAAAAGAUAAAAAUAAACGUCAAGCAUAUAGAAACAUUUAAAAAGUUCUUAGCGUUAUUGCAGAGUGUUUCAGAAAGUUCAGCCAAAGGUAAAGUUCAUCUGAAAAAAAACCUAAUGGCACCAUAUGAUAAUAUAUGGUCAACAUCCAAGUUAAAUAUUGAAGAGCAUUCAACCAACAAAGUUGUUUUAGAAUCUGUGUGUAAAUCAAUGGAAGACACAACUAAUCGGUUUUGCAUGGCACACAUGCAACUAAAAAAUAAAAAUAAUUUAGACCUAGUAAAUCGGUGGUGCGAAAAGUAUUGGGCAGCAAUGUCUUCAUUUGCACUUUGUGCUGUGCUAUUUACUGGCUGUGGUACUGAAGGCAAGAAUUCGGUUUGCUUGUUGAAUGUCAAGCAGCCACCUUUGAGUCAUUUACAAGAUAAAUUUUGA